CUUGGCUUUUCUUUAAAUAUGCAAUAAAUGACCCAUUUUCUUCAACUGCUUUGCGUAUCAGAUUUUCCUGCCAAGAUUACCACCUAUAUUUCCCAGCCUGCUCCAUCAACUUCUAGGCUUCUAGCUCCAUUUGUAGGGGCCAAGAAGUGUGUUCAAAUUCACUGUGGGCCUUUAAAGUCAACAAACCUGUAGUUUCGGGCAAAAGCCCCUUCUAGAUGAUAAUGAUACAGCUCUCUGGGUUCUACUCCCCAGCUCAUCUGCAACUUGUGAUACACCGUAAGGCACAGAAGUGUAUUCAGCUGCCGUUUCAACCAAAUGGGCAUUCUUUCAUUCAUUUUCAUUGGAGUUUGCUUGUUAAAAAUCUCAGCUUUAGCUCAAUCCACUUCCAGCCAUGGCGGCUAUGAAUCGGGUUUCUUGAGUAGACCAAAGGGUGUUCAUAGGAGGAGUCUUUUGGCCUCGACUUCUGGAGACUAUUGUGACAAUAAUAACCUUUGUGGCCCGAAUGGAAUGUGUGUCAUCACCAAUUCACCGGUCUGUACUUGUUUAAAUGGGUUUGAACCCAAGGCACCAGAAAAAUAUAACUCUGGGGACAACUCAGGUGGUUGUGUCCGGGCUCAACCUUCCAACUGCCAAAACAAGGAUGAUGGGUUUGAGAUAUAUGCUGGGGUCAAAUUGCCAGAUACCACAGAUUCUCGGGCUAACCAGAGCAUGAGUGUCGAGGACUGCAGGGAAAAUUGCUUGAACAACUGCUCUUGUGUGGCUUAUGCAAGCUCUAAAGUCAGUGGCUGUACUAUCUGGUUUGGUGAUUUAAUCAACAUGAGGACUCUUUUUGGUGGUGGGGAGGAUCUGUACAUUCGGACACCUGCUUCAGAAUUAAAGAAAAACCACUCACCUAAGACAAAGAUAGCGGUGAUCGUUGCAUCUGUUGUUGCGGUUGUCAUUGGGAUGCUCUUGGUUGCUUAUUGCGUUCACAGGAGGAGAACAAAGUUCAAAGAGAAAAUGGGAGAUAAUGGAAUGACGAAUCAGAACAAUGACGGACAGAACGAAGACAUCGAGCUACCAGUAUUUAGUUUGUCCACAAUAGUCACAGCCACUGAUAACUUUUCAUUCAACAUGAAACUUGGAGAAGGUGGCUUUGGGACUGUAUACAAGGGUAGUCUAGUGGAUGGGCUAGAAAUUGCUGUGAAGAGGCUCUCACGAAGUUCAGGGCAAGGACCAACUGAGUUCAAAAAUGAAGUACUACUAAUAGCCAAACUUCAGCACCGAAAUCUUGUAAGGCUCCUAGGUUGUUGCAUUGAGGGAGAAGAGAGAUUGUUGAUUUAUGAAUACAUGCCCAACAACAGCUUGGACUUCUACCUUUUUGAUGAAAAUCGAGCAAGACUAUUGGCUUGGCCUCAACGCUUUCACAUUAUCUGUGGGAUAGCCAGAGGUCUUCUUUAUCUACAUCAAGAUUCCAGAUUGCGGAUUAUUCAUAGAGAUCUUAAAGCAAGUAAUGUUUUGCUUGAUAAGGAGAUGAACCCAAAAAUCUCAGACUUCGGCAUGGCUAGAACAUUUGGAGGAGAUCAGACUGAAGGAGUUACAAGAAGAGUUGUUGGAACCUAUGGUUAUAUGGCACCAGAAUAUGCAAUUGAUGGUCAAUUCUCUGUAAAAUCCGACGUUUUUAGUUUUGGCAUUUUAUUGUUGGAAACAUUAAGCGGGAAGAGAAGUAGAGGAUUUCAUGAUCCUGUUGAUAACCUUAACCUCAUUGGACAUGCAUGGCGAUUGUGGAAAGAAGGAAGAUCUUCUGAGUUGAUUGAUGAAUGCUUAAGGGACUCCUGCAGUCUGUCAGAAAUCUUGCGUUGCUUCCAUAUUAGUCUUUUAUGUGUGCAAGAGCUCCCUGAGGACAGGCCAAAUAUUUCAACCGUGAUUCUCAUGUUAGGUGGUGGUUCUGCCUUGCCUCAGCCCAAAAAACCAGGUUUUUUUGGUAGAAGUUCAUCUGCAACAGAUUCUUCUUCAUGUAAGAAUGCAACAACAUCUUCAACUAACGAUGUAACAUCUUCAAGUAAGAAUUAUACAUAUUCAAACUAUGACUCUACAAUAACAGUAUUGGAGGGUCGAUAAGAUUCACUCAACUGCAAUUUUGUAGCAUGUAAGUUGAAACCAUUGUUUAAGAAAAUAGUGGAAGUACAUAAAAAGUGAAAUGAUUUCGGAAUGCACCUCGGUUUUUAUGAAAAUAGAGGAAAAUUCACUGAAUAUUAUAGUUUAACUGAUGGUAAACAUUUAAGACAAUCCAAUCUAACAUAUCGAAAAACGAGGUUGUGACCAAAACAAAAGGACAAAUAUCACAGUGUUUCGGUUUUUUCUAGGCUAGAACUUAGUGAGAAGCUAGGAAUUUUACAACUAUAAUUUUAUUUAGAAUUGAAAAUACAACAUACACAUGAAUCUUGAAACUUCAGAAACAUUCAUCUUUAAAAUCUUAAGAAUGUUACUUUAAGCAAUAAACUUCUUUAUCUAGUUAACUGUGUUGCCUUGAGGCUCAAGAUUUUUUUUAUUAUUUAUUAUUUAUUACAAAAAACCAAUAUAUGACAGUUCACCAGAUGCUUGAGGCAUAACUUGUAUAGUCAAAUGAUUAUUGACCAGAUGAAUGGCUAUAAAGUAAUAUACUUGAGAUGUCAUGGCAUUUUUUUACAAAUAACCAACAUAUAACAAUUCACCGGACACUCAAGGCAUAACUUGUGCAGUCAAAUGACUCAAAUGAUUAUUGACCAUAUGAAUGACUAGAAGGCAAUAUACUUGACAUGUCAUGACAUUUCUUUUUUUUAUUUUAUUUUUGUAAUCAAGAUCACACGAUAUCUUCAAAGACCAAGAAUAGAUUGAGAUUUAAACUCCAAUCAGUGUCGACGGGUUCCACACCUGGAGGCUCUUAAGUCUUACUUACUUGACCACCUGUGGUGGUUGUCAUGACAUUUCUUUUAAUUCUCUAGUCUUAAUCCUAUACUUCAAUGAUUGUUAGGCAUAAUUGUCAAACUGCCCCCUAAACUUGAAAAUAAUUAUUAAUUUACACCCCUAACUUGCAAUUGAGAUAAUUAACACCCUAAACUUGACCAAAACUGUCGAUUUGCACCCCUCCGUCAAAUUCAACGUUUUGCAUCCAAAUAUGAGGAGUAAUAUGGUCAUUUAUUAUUUAUUUCUUUGAAUAAUAAAAAUAAAUGAAAAAUAAUUCUUUAGAGGGAGAUUCAUGCCCUUCCAUC